UAUCGGCGAGCCUGCCGCGCUCCCUGAUUCGCCGCGGGGCUUUUUGUCGAAUCGGCGGGCCGAUAGCCGAGUCUCUCCUUCCCCCCGUGCGGCCCGGACUCGUGGUGGUGCGAACAGGUGACAGAAUCACAGAGAACAGAAUAUGGCUGGACAAAUAUCAGAAACUGAUCAGAUCAAGCAGUUCAAGGAGUUCCUGGGAACAUAUAAUAAAAUUACAGAAAAUUGCUUCAUGGAUUGUAUAAGGGAUUUCACCACCAGAGAAGUUAAACCAGAAGAGAUAACUUGCUCAGAACACUGCCUACAGAAGUACUUGAAAAUGACACAGAGGAUCUCCAUGAGAUUUCAGGAGUAUCACAUUCAGCAGAACGAAGCUCUGGCAGCAAAAGCAGGACUGCUGAGCCAACCUCGUUAGACAAGAGCACUCUGUUCAGACUUCACGAGCAGUGCCAGUGUUCACUGGGCAAGAACACGUUUUGGAUUUCCUACUGUCAAGGUGCAUGUCCAGCAACUCCAGAGAUUGCUGUAGGUGUGUUUGGAAACUGGAAGCCGUGGAGGGCAACGCAAAGACUUAGAGAGUGCUGUCUGACAGCAGAGUCUCUUGCUGAGGUCUUUUCCAUUCUGCAGUGGAAUAAAGCAAUUUUUUUUUCAGGGCCCACAGACUACUAUGUUUAAAUUUCAAGAGGAUGGGAAAGUUAUACUUUUUCUUCUGUCAGGACUGAUUCAGAGGCAAAAGAAGUGUAAUAUGGAAAUACAUUUUUUUAAUUUAAUUCAAGUAAAGUAAAUGGAACCAUA